AUGGCAGGCAAGGAAGCACAUGACAAAAGUGGACCGCUGUCCCAGAGCCCUGGCCCAGGCCUGAACAUGUGCUAUCAGCACCCUCAGCCCCCUGGCCACCUGGAAUGGGGCCGGCGCCACUCGGAGCCACGUGUCACCCUGCCAAGACCCCGGCUGGGGCUGACCCGCAGGGGCUCCGAGCCCACCUACCUGCCCUCUGUGGCUGUGGGUUGGGACUGGCCGGGGGCCUGCUGGGGUAUGGAGCCUGGCCUGGUGGGGUUGGCCGGCAAGGCGGAGGAGGUUGAUGGUAGUUCCUGGAAGUCCCCGUCACCAUCAUGUGAGUCAUCAGGGGCCCUGCAGGAGCCUCAGCCUAAGUCAGACCCUGUCCGGGAGCUCAUGGCCCCACUUCAGAGCCUGGGCCUGGAGCUGCAGCAGAGGGAGCAGGACAGUCGGGACGUCGUGUGUGGCAUCUGCAUGGACAAGGUGUGGGACAAGCCAGAGGCCGAGCGGAUCUUCGGCAUCCUACCCAACUGCACCCACGCCCACUGCCUGGGCUGCCUGCGCACCUGGCGGAAAAGCCAACAGAACUUCCCACUGGCUGUCAUCAAGGCCUGUCCCCAGUGCCGUGUCCAUUCCAGCUACAUCAUCCCCCACAAAUUCUGGGUGAGCGAGGGGGCUGAGAAGGAGCAACUCAUCAGGAACUUCAAGGCUCGGACCAGCCAGAUCCGAUGUCGGUUCUUCAUGCAGGGGAAUGGCCGCUGCCCCUUCAAGUCUGAUUGUAUUUAUCUGCACCAGCUACCGGAUAAAGCCCUGACCUCUGAUUCUCCCUGGACUGAGAGUAUGCAGCUGACCUCUGGGAGUGAGGUGGUACUGGGCCCAACAGGGUUCCAAGGGGGCACCGAGCAGGAGGACGAAGCAUUCUUCAUGGACUGUGCCCUGGCCAUGGCCUUCUGGGGUUCAGAACUCUUACUGGAUCGCAAUAAUUCUUACCUUGGCUUUCUGAAGCCACUGCUGCUGCGAUUGCCUCAGUUAUGCCAGAGGAACCUGAUGUCCCUGCUGAUGGCUGUUUGGCCGUCGCUGCCUGAAAGCGGACUGCUCUCUGUGCUGCAGAUUGCACAGCAAGACCAAAGCCCUGACCCUGACACCUGGCUCCGGGCCCUGGGGGAAUUGCUGCGAAGGGAUUUAGACGUUGGGGUAUCGACUGCGGGAGCAUCCCCAUUGUCUAAAAGCUGCCAGAGACAGCUCCGAGGCCUGUGUAGGCGGCUGGGCCAGGGAGGCAGGAGGCUGAAGUUGCUUCAGACUCCGGAUCCUGGAGAGGAAAAAGAGGAGGACAAGGAGGAUGAGGACCCCCAUUGGCCUGGGAAACGCAGAAAGGGGCCAGAGGAAGAGCCUGCCAGGCCUGAGGGGGAGAGGGCCCCCAAAAGGUUCCGAUAUUUAGAAAGGGAGGAAGAAGGUCACAAGGAGGAGAGACACGAACCUGAAUCUUUGGAAUCCCUGGCAGAUGGAGGAGGUACAUUGCCCAUUAAGAACCAGCCUGUCCAGGCUGAGCCCAGUGUGGCUGGUCAGAGUCUGGAGGAUGCCAAGGGCCUAGCUGAGAAUUUGGAGCUGCCCAAAGCUAUCCAGGACCAGGUUCCCAGGCUGCAGCAGCUGCUCAAGACCUUCGGGGAGGGCUUGGAGGGUGCCCCUCCAGUUGAGCUACAGCUUCUCCACGAAUGCAGUCCAAGCCAGAUGGAACUGCUGUGUGCCCAGCUGCAGCUCCUGCAGCUUUCGGACACAGCUCUCCUGCAGUUCUGCAGCUGGCUUCUGUCCCUUUCACCAGACCUUAGCCUCAGCAAUGCUACCAUUCUGACCAAGAGCCUCUUUCUAAGACGGAUUCUGUCCCUGACUUCCUCGGCCUCCCGCCUGCUCGUGACUGCCCUGACCUCCUUCUGUGCCAAGUAUGCUUAUCCUGUCUGCAGAACCCUUCUUGGCCCCGUGCUCCAGGCCCCAGGAACUGGUCCAGCUCAAACAGAGUUACUCUGCUGCCUUAUGAAGGACGAGGCCCUGGAGCCAGACACGCAGGUUCUAAUGCUGGGACAGAUCUUGGAGCUGCCCUGGAAAGAGAAGACGUUCCUGGUGUUGCAGUCACUCCUGGAACGGCAGGUGGAGAUGACCCCUGAGAAGUUCAGUGUGUUGAUGGAGAAGCUCUGUAAAGAGGGGCCAGCAGCUGCCACGUCCGUGGCCUAUGCCAAGCUCAUGCUGACAGUGAUGACCAAGUAUCAGGCCAAUAUCACUGAAAUCCAGAGGCUGGGCCUGGCCACAGUCCUAGAGCUCAACACCACUUUUCUGAGGAAGUCCCUGCAAGCCGCCCUGAGACGUCUGGCUCCCUGA